GUGAAGAUGGCGGAACGAUCGGCGAUGCUGUGAACUUCACUUUUUAUGUUUUCAGUUGCCGGAACAAAUAAAUGUUGAAGAUUUCCACCGUCCUGUCCGGUUCCGAUCGGAUUGCAGAACCCGCAAACCCACACCGACAUCAGAGGAGACGGGUUCCCCCACCACCCGACACACCCCGCACUGCUCGGCCCCCGGAGGUCUGUUCCAAUAAAAAGGUUGUUACACUGCCCAAAGUACUGGUGCGCGACUUGUGUAUCAGCCUGGCUGGCCUUGACUGUCUCUCUGUCCCCGCUGUCGGUCCACAGACACACACCCGGACAGACACACACACACUUCGAGGGUGACGAGACAAGACCCACUCAGUUGACCAGGUCUGUCUCUCUCCCCGUGGGUCUUUAAGAUGAACAGAAUGGGUCUUCACGGGGGGUCCGGCCCAGGUUGCAGCCCCGUCACAGACCACCAGCUUGCUGAGAACCUAAACAAACACACACCUUUAUAGACUCCCACAGACACCAUUCUUGAGACGGCGCUGCAUUUUAACACACACACACACACACACACACACACACACACUGACCAACUGGUGAUCACAUACAUCGCCUUCUGUCCUCAACGGUGUUGGCUGGUUUGAUCUGGUACAUGGGCCGAGGGAGGAGCAGCGCCUGGUGUUGGGUGACAGACAGAGAAACUGCUGAUCCACCAAGAGAGGAGAGAGAAGGAGGUUGAGAGUGUAUGAAAAAAACAGAGGGAGAAAUCCAAUCCACUUAGAGGCCAAGCAAGCCCAGUGGAGGACAGGGAGCGAGAGAGAGAGAGAUUGAGUCAGAGGAGUCACCAUCUCUCUCUCCAGCAAUCUAUCCUUCCCUUCCGCCAGCUGGUUAAGAGGAGAGAGUGGUAAAGUGAGAGCAGACAAAGUCAUGGACUAUGGGGGCCAUGGUGACAUAGCGUAAAUGGCUAUUCCUCAGCACAACUCAGUGCCGGUGUCUGCUCUUCAGCCCUCCUCCACUCCCUCUUCCUCUCGGUCCUCCUCAUCCCCCUCUUCCUUAUCCCUGACGGACCACCACUGCCACCGCUUGCCGCCAGGCACCACCACCUGCCUCGACCAUCGCCCCCAACAUCACCAUGGUGGGCGCGGCCUCAGGCGCGUGGAAACUGGUGCGUGGUGUGCGCCAACUGGAACUGCACCGCCUAAUCCUGGCGCUGAUUGUCUUCUGCCUUCUGUCCAUGGCCUUCCUUGCCUACUAUGUCUCCAACAGCCCCAAGAUCAAGGAAGCCCCGCCGAUGCCCUUUAGCGACUGCGGGGGAGGAGGGGGGAUGUCAGCAGGGGCCAGUACUGGCGAUGCCGGAGGAGUGGCAGGAGGCCAGCGGGCACCCCUGUUCCUGCCGCCACGCCAGGGACGCUUCAGAACUGUCAAGGCUGUUGAAAACUCCCGGACAGAGCCGGUGGUUCUGGUGUUCGUGGAGAGCAUCUACUCCCAGCUGGGCCAGGAAAUCGUGGCUAUACUGGAGUCCAGCCGCUUUCGCUACCGGACAGAGAUCGCUCCCAGUAAAGGUGACAUGCCCACGCUGACGGAGCACAACCGCGGCCGCUACGCGCUGAUUAUCUACGAGAACGUGUUGAAAUACGUCAACCUAGACGCGUGGAACCGCGACCUUCUAGACAAGUACUGUGCUGAGUAUGGAGCGGGCAUCAUCGGCUUCUUCAAGGCCAACGAGAACUCUCUUCUAAGUGCCCAGCUCAAAGGGUUUCCCCUCUUCCUGCACUCUCACCUUGGGCUGAGGGACUACCGCAUCAGCCCCAAUGCUCCCCUCCUCUACAUAACCAAACCCAACCAGGUGGAGCAGGGUCCUUUACCUGGAGACGACUGGACCGUCUUCCAGUCCAACCACUCCACCUAUGAACCAGUGCUUCUCGCCAGCACAAAGUCCUCCGAGGCGCUGGCCCACUUGGGUCCGAGUCCACCACGGGCUUUCCAUGCCACAGUGAUCCAGGACUUGGGACUCCUGGAUGGGAUUCAGAGAGUUUUGUUUGGGAACAAUCUGAACUACUGGCUCCACAAACUGGUGUUUGUAGAUGCCAUUGCCUACCUGACAGGGAAGAGACUGUGUCUGUCUUUGGAGCGCCACAUCUUGGUGGAUGUAGAUGACAUAUUCGUUGGAAAGGAGGGAACCCGCAUGAAGGUGUCGGAUGUGGAGGCAUUACUCAACACUCAGAACAAGCUUCGCAUGUUGAUCCCUAACUUCACCUUUAACCUGGGCUUUUCUGGAAAGUUCUACCAUACAGGCACAGAUGAGGAGGACCUUGGGGAUGACAUGCUCCUCAGACACAGGAAGGAGUUCUGGUGGUUUCCUCACAUGUGGAGUCACAUGCAGCCACACCUCUUCCACAAUGUCAGCGUCCUUGCCGAGCAGAUGAGGCUCAACAUGCUCUUCGCCCAGGAGCAUGGUAUCCCUACAGACAUGGGUUACGCGGUGGCUCCUCAUCAUUCGGGUGUUUAUCCAGUCCACAGUCAACUCUAUGAGGCCUGGAAGUCUGUGUGGGGCAUCAAAGUGACCAGCACUGAAGAAUACCCACAUCUCCGGCCAGCCCGCUACCGCCGGGGCUUCAUCCACAGCAGCAUACAGGUGUUGCCCAGACAGACGUGUGGCCUGUUCACCCACACCAUCUUCUAUAAUGAAUAUCCAGGAGGGUCAAAGGAGCUGGACAAGAGCAUCAGAGGAGGAGAACUGUUCCUCACUGUUCUCCUUAACCCUAUCAGCAUCUUCAUGACCCACCUCUCCAACUAUGGCAACGACCGGCUGGGUCUGUACACCUUCGAGUCUCUGGUGAAGUUCGUUCAAUGUUGGACUAACCUGAGGCUGCAGACGCUGCCACCAAUCAAACUGGCUGAGAAAUAUUUCCAGAUCUUUCCUGAGGAGAGGGAUCCCCUGUGGCAGAAUCCUUGUCAUGAUAAGAGACAUAAAGACAUCUGGUCUAAAGAAAAGACAUGUGACAGACUGCCCAAGUUCUUGGUCAUAGGACCACAAAAGACAGGUACGACAGCUCUCCAUUCGUUCCUGAGCCUCCACCCAGCCAUCACCAGCUCCUUCCCCAGCCCUUUCACCUUCGAGGAGAUCCAGUUCUUCAGCGGUCCAAACUACGACAACGGCAUCGACUGGUACAUGGAUUUCUUCCCGUUCCCCUCAAAUAUCAGUACGGACUUCAUGUUUGAAAAGAGUGCCAACUACUUUGACACAGAGGUGGCGCCAAAGCGAGCAGCCGCCCUCCUGCCCAGAGCCAAGAUCCUUGCGGUGCUCAUCAACCCAGCGGACCGGGCGUACUCCUGGUACCAGCACCAGAGGGCUCACCAAGACCCCGCGGCAUUGAACAACAGCUUCCACGCGGUGGUGACGGCCGGCCCCGCUGCGCCCAGAGACCUGCUGACCCUCCAGAGAAGAUGCCUUAAACCCGGCACAUAUGCUACACACCUCGAACGCUGGCUACAACACUACCAACCCAGCCAGUUGCACAUCGUGGAUGGAGGGCUGCUGCGGUCAAACCCCGCCCUGGUGAUGGAGGGCAUCCAGAGGUUUCUGGGGGUCAGCCCCAUUUUCAACUACACACAGGCCCUCAUGUACGAUGAAAGCAAAGGGUUCUGGUGUCAGCGGGUUGAAGGAGGUCGACCCAAAUGCCUGGGCAAAAGUAAGGGCAGGAAAUACCCGGAGAUGACCCCUGAGUCACGUGCCUUCCUGACAGAGCAAUACCGUGAACACAACAUGGAGCUGCUUCGCCUGCUGAACCGUCUGGGUCAGCCGCUGCCCUCGUGGCUCCGUGAAGUACUACAGAGCAGCAGCUGGAGCUGAGACGACCGCAGGACCACUGCUGGUAUCAACAGGACCGCAUAAACACACACACACACACACAUUCACACACACACACACACACACACACACACAUUCACACAGGGAAAAUGAAAGGUACAACAUUGUACUUGUUAUCGGAGCUGUCAAGUCUUUCCAUCUGGAAGGUCCGGAGACCUCUAGGAUUAACAGUGCAGCCAGUCCAGAGAAAGGAGGUAUAGCUGUGGACUCUUUCUUUGGGGCCAUUGAGAGGAGGAGGAGGAGGACCUGAAGGAGAACUCCUGUUGUUGGACAAUGAACUCCUCCUCUUCUUCAGAGGUCCACUCACAUCCUCUACAGUAAAAGGUCAAACCACGGGUCACCAGUUGGACGACUAGGUCAAAAGCCCCUCCAGAUCCAUCAGUACACUUCACCUUCAUCCUGGAUCCCACAGACUUCUGUGACAAACCCUUCGCCUCGGUCGACGGAUCCGGAUUCUCAACACUAAAGAGUGUAUCAGAGCCUUAAAAUGCAUGGGUAACUCCUGUUUCCUGGAAAACGGCAGUGAAGCUUUUCAGGAAAUCCUGUGGAUCCAGAGUGUGUGAAUGAAAUCAGGAGUUGCGUGUACAAAAAAUAAAAAAAAUCACACACAGAGACAGAAACUGUGUCCACGUUUCUCCAGAAAAAUGAUUGUAAAACGUUGUACAUUUGAAAUAGCUGUUGUAUAUUUUGGGUUCCGGGGAGGGGGGGGAAUGAGAGACUUAACAGAGUAGACAGCAGCCUAAACCAGACAAAAAUCAGAGGGUUUGUGAACAAAAAGACUUCGGGGAUUACGAUUGUGUACCAGACACCCGUCGUUCCUCCCGUCAUGCCUCUUGUUACUCCGUCACACACAUACACAGUUGUGUCUCCCUUGUAUUAAGAGAUGCCGGCUGUUCGGUCCCGAUACAUUUCAGUUUUAUGCCUUAUUGCAUCCCCAAUUUACAGUUUGUUGCGUAGCAAAGACAAACUAGCUCAGCUGUGACAUAGCUAACAAGAAAGGUCGACACAGAUACAAAUCAGGUGUUUACCUUGACUCACAAGUUCAGAAUAAAGCGAAUCGAAUUUAAUUUUACUUGCAAGUCUCGAAGCUUUUAAGCCUCUGGAAGAUGUUCCUGCAGGCGUCUAAACUGUGUCAAAGGAAAACAGCCCUGCUAAUAAUUUAACAAAAGGUUUACUCAACAUACAAUUGGAUCGGUCUUAUCAAUCCAUUCAAACCGGUUCCUGUUGGACUUUGUGUCGCAGGGUAAACGGAAGAGGAAGGCUUUGGUUUUUGGUUCUGUGAAUCUUUUGACUGGAAGUCAACGGUCUACCAGAAGCUGCUGUCUGGUUUUGUUCUCUGUUUAUUUUGUAUGAUUUUAGGAAACACCAACACUGUAUCAUCUCUAAUAAACACAUAGAGCGGU